AUGGCUGAUCGAAAGAAUGGCAUGGUUCAAGCGUAUGGCUAUCCCAGCAACGCAGGGACUAGUCAGAUAGUGUCAAGGGCUGUUGCUGCUGCUGCUGCCAAUAGUCAUCAUUCAAGCCGAGGUAAAUCAGGUCGCAAUUCCAAACGAUACUCGGUAUCUGCAUUCUACUCGAUGGCAGCUGAGCAAGACAAUGAAGUAGAAGAUGAAUUAGCACAAGCUCAACGAAGUUUACGUGAUUUGAAAUCAAAGAUCUCUGGUCAGUCGAAAAAGAAUUUUGUGUUGGAGAGAGAUGUGCGUUAUCUGGAUUCUCGAAUUGCUCUGUUGAUUCAAAAUCGAAUUGCAUUGGACGAGCAAAAUGAAAUGGCUUCUCACCUGGAAGAACAUGGUGUCGAGAAUAGCGAUUCUUUUCCCGAUGAUCGUCGAAUGCAGUUAUACGGCAACUUCUUUUUCAUUCUCCAGAGCGAACCUAGACAUAUUGCAACACUGUGCCGACUUGUCAGUCUUUCAGAAAUUGAUACACUGCUGCAAACUGUCAUGUUCACACUGUAUGGUAAUCAAUACGAAAGUCGUGAAGAGCAUUUGCUGUUGACCAUGUUUCAGAAUGUGCUGGCUGCUCAGUUUGAAACAUCCACAGAAUUUGGCUCAUUGCUGCGUGCCAACACACCCGUCUCUCGAAUGAUGACAACCUACACCAGAAGAGGACCCGGUCAAGCCUAUCUGAAAUCAAUUUUAUCCGACAAGAUCAGGGAUUUAGUCGAGGAUCAAGAACUGAAUCUGGAAAUUAAUCCUCUCAAAGUAUACGAGCAGAUGGUGGCACAGAUUGAAAGCGAAAAGGGCUUUUUACCAGCAGAUCUACCUCGCAGUGUCACGCCAGAAGUAGCAGCAGAGAACGAAAAUGUGCAAAAGAUUAUCCAGCCUCGCCUAGAGAAGCUCAUUGAGAUUGCCGAGAGUUUUUUGACCACCAUCAUCUCCUCCACUGCGUCUGUUCCAUACGGUAUUCGCUGGAUCUGUAAACAAAUCCGUUCGCUAACAAAACGAAAGAGUCCUGAUGCAUCAGAGUAUUCCGUUUGCUCUAUGAUUGGUGGUUUUUUCUUUUUGCGGUUCAUCAAUCCUGCAAUUGUUACCCCCAGAGCGUACAUGCUGCUGGAAACUGCACCUGGCAAUGCGCCUAGAAGAACACUGACUUUGAUUGCCAAGAUGCUGCAAAAUUUGGCCAACAGACCUUCUUAUGCCAAGGAAAGCUACAUGUUGCCUACAAACCCAUUUGUCGAAAAGAACAAGCAACGCAUCAACAAAUUCUUGAAUGAGCUUUGUGAAGUCAGUGAUUUCUAUGAAACUUUGGAGAUGGAUCAGUACAUGGCGCUUAGCAAGAAAGAUAUCGACAUUAAUAUUACCCUCAACGAAAUAUACAGCACUCAUACCCUCGUUCAACGCCAUUUGGAUAUCAUAGCGCCCAAAGAAAAGGAUCACCUUCGCAUCUUGGUCAAUGAUCUUGCUCCUGCUCCUGCACAAGUAUCUCGAAAGGAAAACAAGACUAUUGACUUACCCCUCUUCAGUCGCUGGGAGAUCCCUAUCCAAGAUCUCACUACGGCCCUCAUGUCUGAGAACAACAUUACGCAAAAUGACAUUCUGUAUAUGGAGACGAAAGCUAUCUAUGUUCAACUGAUUCGUUCGCUUCCACAUUUAGCGUCAGGUCCACUUGAUCUAGACUACAUAGCAGAGACAGCCGCCACGACAAAGGAUGCGCAACUAGUGAGAAAAGGGAUCAAAGUAAAGGACAUGUUGAGAGAAUUGGAAGACGCAGGCGUCAUAGAUCAUAGAGACCAUUACAAAUUGCUGGUAGAGGAGAUCACACAAGAACUAGCACAUCUCGGUAACCUCAAGGAGAAAGUAAGACAAGAAUCCGACUCAUUGGAAGGUGUAUACAAGACGAUUCUGGACCACAACAACUACCUCAAAAGCCAACUGGAAAGCUACAAGGCGUAUCUGCAGAAUGUCAGAAUACAAAGUGGUGGCGAGAAGACGACAAAGAAUUCUGUAGGUAUUGGAGUAGAGAUCGAAGGAGGCAAGCCUAGAAAAGCACCCAAAGGGCCACCAAAAGGACCUUUCAAGUUUUCGCACAAUCAUUUGGAGAAGGAUGGUGUUAUCACAGAGAGCACAGUGCCCGAAAACAGACGGCCCAAUAUUUUCUUUUCCAUUACAUCACCUUUGCCUGGUACAUUUAUCAUUGCAAUGCACUUUAAGGGUCGUGAUAAGCCUAUUCUGGAGAUGGAUCUGAAGCUGGAUGAUUUACUUGAAAAGCAACAAGAUAAUGUUGAGCUACUGGAUCUUGAAUAUGUUCGACUGAAUGUGACCAAAACACUCGGCCUCUUGAACAAAACAUUCGUAACCAGACACAAAUAA